AUGUGUCAACUCUGCAGCCUCAACACCAUCUCCACAUCCUCGCGCUGGCCCAAAGCACUCGAACCACUCAUCUCUGACCUGAGUCUGCUGGUCACCACAGCACACACCGAGCUCAACUGCCCCCCAAAAAACUCUGCUGCCUCCAGCGCCGAAGAAAAGAACCCCUCAUCCCUCUCAACCACAACCAAAAUCACAAUCACCACCACCGCACAACAAAAACCAUCCCUCCUGAUCCCUACCCUCCGCGACAUCUCCACCCUCCUCGAAGUCCUCGAAGACGAAAGAGCUCAAUGGUGGCAAGCCAAAGCACCCGAAAGAAAGUUCUGGAGGGAGACUUGUCAAGAAGAAAAACUUACAAAGAUCAAUGUGGUCAACAACAAGACUGUUGAGAUGAUCGAGGAAUUCAAGGCCAAAUUGGGCAUUUUUUGUCGUUGGAGUUUGGGGUUGGUGGACGGAGUUGAGGGAUUGGGUGGGGGAGAGAAGGACGGGGAUGUUAAGAUGGAGGGAUAG